CAGCAGUCGUUCACCCCAGACAAAAAAAAGCGUUUUCAAUUUCCUCAAAUUCGAUUUCUCUAAAGCCCCUCCCUUCCUCUCCCCAAUUCCAAGUUCUAGGGUUUUCGAUUUCUCUGCAGAAGUUUUGAAAAUGGCGGAUAACAAUACACCUUCGAGCCCAGCCGGAGAUGGAGGAGAAAGCGGCGGCGGCUCUGUUAGGGAGCAGGAUCGAUACCUUCCUAUAGCUAACAUCAGCAGGAUCAUGAAGAAAGCUUUGCCUCCUAAUGGCAAGAUUGGUAAAGAUGCUAAGGACACUGUUCAGGAAUGCGUCUCUGAGUUCAUCAGCUUCAUCACUAGCGAGGCCAGUGAUAAGUGUCAGAAAGAGAAAAGGAAAACUGUGAAUGGUGAUGAUUUGUUGUGGGCUAUGGCAACAUUAGGAUUUGAGGAUUACCUGGAACCCCUAAAGAUUUACCUUGCGAGGUACAGGGAGUUGGAGGGGGAUAGUAAAGGAUCAGGAAAGAGCGGAGAUGGGUCUAAUAGAGAUGCUGGUGGGGCUGUUCCUGGUGAAGAACUGCCGAGCUGGUGAAAGAAGUUGCAAGUAAACUCUCUAGAGAUGAAGAACAACGCCAAAUGAUCAAGGGAUAUUAGAGAUCAGUGUGUUGUUUAUAUUUGAGCUUAGCUGAUCGACGACCAUUUUCAGGAUUACUCUCAAAUUCGGUUGUGUUAGUUUGAACUUUUGGUUUUCCAUUUCUGGUUUAGUUGGUUGUAUUUAAAGAUUUCGAUGUUAGAUGUGAGAACAGUUUGAAUGAAGGAAAAAUUUGUCAAUGCUAUGUUCGCUCA